GGAGGCUCGGUCCUUGGACGUGUCCGCAUCAUCUGCGCCAGCUGCCGACCUUGGGCAUGACAGCUGCAGCCUUGAGAGCCUGUCACUCAAUUCUGGCGGAGGGCAUAAUUUGUAAACCAACAAAGCUCAAGAUGCUCCUUCGAUGAUAGAAUGGUGGUUUGACCACCUGCCAGAUAUGGUGGACAGGGAAGAUCCUUAUUCACGCCGCUUGGAGAUGUUCUGGGAACUACAACAGGCAAGGUGUGAGAAGAUGCUUCAGUCUAUUCCUUACGUCGUUGACAACUCUUUCCCCGAGACAAUCAAGCAUUCUUGAGGUUGCUUGUGCUGUUGGAGCUCGACAUUGCUCAGCUCAUGCUUUGUGUGAAAAGUCUGGAGGAUGCGUAUUACUCGUUGAAGCGUGAGAGCCUGCGGCUGCUAUCCGGACGUCUCAAUGAUCUGUUGGAAAGGUCGCUUUCUCCAACGUGUGAAUUUGACGAGAUGAAAACCAUCUUGAUACGAAUAUUAAGUCCGAGCUUUGCACAGCUCUGCGGGGAGCCUUUGGUGAAUUCUUUCCCAAGUUCCGAGGACACCGAUGUGCGAGGAGCAAUAGCAGUGGCCCUAGGUGGGUGGGCCAACGAAUUGAGUGGCUCUACUGGGGUCAAAGAGCUUCCCCUCCAGCGUGCAUUUCCACUUCCACCCCGGAGGGACAUCGUUGAUCCGAUCUACAGCUCUCGCGCGUUGGAAACAAUUUCCUUCCCUGUGGAAGACCCCGAUCUCCCAGGGGAAGAAGAACACCCUAGCCCCCAGGAGAUGUCCUACCAGGACAACAAGUCGGUCGCCUCCAGCUCUACGGUCGGAUCUGGGGUGUCGUCGUCCAGCUACACGUCGGUGGGCAGUCGGCGAGGACGGAGGCGAUGGAUUUCCACCACCGAAACCACUCGCCCAACGGACAAUUCACCUCCCUAUCGGUGUGCCUUCUGCGGCAAGGACUUCCCUAGAAAGUCGACAUGCAGGCGACACGAGCAGUCUAUACACUUGCCACAGAGAUUAUGGGUUUGUCAUCGCCUGACUGAACUGACCCCAGGGAUGUGCUAUUUCUGAGGUAGGGGUACAGAAUCGUCGAACGAGGGGUGGGACCAAUUCAGAGACUUGCGCGAGAAAACAUAACGCCCAGGCUUGUUGGGCCAGAUCAAAGGGCGAACGCACCUUUUACCGAAAAGACGAAUUCACGCAGCAUUUUCGCGGUUGGCACAACGCCGAGGAGGGAUCGUUGGCAAUACAACUCGUGGAAGAAAGCGCGAUUGGAACCCCAACCCCCGACUCAUCGCCCGCUUACCCUCUUACAACCAUGCUUGAUUCUAGCAUACGAGACAUGUUCCCAUCCUGAUACAUGAACUGAACGAAGGCGAUCUGGAAGAUCUUUAGAAUGGCAGUCACUUGAGAACCAUGCAAAUAUCAGACGGGCUAGUUGCCACGGAGUAGACAUGGACAAUUGUGGGGGAGUUCGGAUCAAAUUACUUGACUUGAGGGUUCCCUUUCCGAAAUGAGGAACUACUCGUACCUAGACUGACGGUGAACAUUUCAUCGUGUAGGCAUUUGGAAGUCACCAUGAUGCAUGACCAAACCCCAAAAUCAAGCUUACCACGACAAAAGUAAAACAUAUACUCACGAGAUGGUGCGCAGUUGAGAUGUUUUAUAUCAAGUUUGUAUGGUCAUGAUUGUUUUUAAUAGUGUAGUUUGAUUAAUUUCAUUAAAG